GCUACGCGACACUUCCGCUUUCACGGGGUUGUGCUGUUUGACAGUAGCAGGUUGUGUAAGGAAGGACACACGUGAGCACACCAGUCUCUACAUCAUAAAUAACAUUGUUUGAAAGUGGAAAUGUCGAGCCUGUCAGCAGCCAGUGUGGAGGCUUCAGCAGCAAUAGAGGGGGCAGAGCAGAAGAAACCACUGAAACCAUGCUGUGCGUGUCCUGAGACCAAAAAAGCACGAGAUGCCUGCAUAAUUGAAAAGGGAGAAGAAAGCUGCACAGACCUCAUCGAAGCGCACAAGGAUUGCAUGAGGGCACUUGGCUUUAAGAUAUAAUACCACCAUCAUUAUCAUCAGAUUGAGUGAAUGUGUGUGACAACCUGUGUGAAAUGGAACCUGGUGUGCUCUUUUAUUUAUACUUUUACACUGUAGGGAAGAUUAUAUGGGGCUGAAUUUAUUUCUCUGAGGGAAAUGUUGUCUGUCUUUUAUUUUUAUUUCUUAUGUCUUUCUUUUUCUUUUCUUUUCUUUCUUAUGUGAUUUGCGUACGUUCAUGGCCAAUAAAGAUCCUAUGCAAGAUGUUAA